AUGAGUUCUACAGCCUCACCCACCUUAAACAGUUUGUUCCAGAAGAGCCACCGCGUACAUGAGUAUACAGAGCCAGACCAAGUUGUACCAAUGAAGGUCCUGUUCAAGGAUGAAAAGUACACAGCAGAAACGAUUGACAUUCUGUCUCAAAUUGCCAAAGAUGCCAAGUUAGAUCAUUUUGUGCCUCAGGUUGUGAUUGGUGACCAACUGUCAUGUAAGAAUAUAAGGGGAAGCAAAUUGUGGCGACAGGCUGAAGUUGAAGAAAUAGAUACUUUGAAAUGGGCAAAUGAAACCCCAGGAGACUUCCACUUCCUCUGGACAUGUCUGCGUACGGUCUUUACGAAGUUCUGGGGGUGUCCCGCUCAUUCCGGAACAUUGUGCAACAUGCGUGAGGUGACACGACGAACAAGUGUUGACAAGAAUGUUAAAGUAUUCAACGUAUGUGACGAGUUUUUAGUUCAUGCCUUCAAAGGGCAUCUCAUCUCCGGUGUUUUGACUUACUUCAAGGCGAAAUCACCUGCUGACCUCAUUGAGCAUAGUGCGACAGAGAGAUGGCUACAAGAAACAGCCGAUACGUUAGUGUCGAAAACCCUCAUGCCAAGCAACUCUACUGAUCCAGUGUACAAAAUGCAUAGAUCAUUCCUUCACCAUGCAUUCCUAUACAUCGAUGUACGGGAAGCAAUUCGAUGGGAGAAUGGCCAACAAAUUGUCAGGCAUUGGAAAUACUGGUUGCCACACUUUCUUGCAGAGGGGUGUACAAACUAUGCCGUCGAGGCAGUUCAUGUCAUCUCAAACUUAAUAGCAUCAUUUCCAAAGCACAUAGCGUAUAUUGCGACGCACAACCGGACCGUCAACAUGACAGGUAGACCAGGACGAGCAAAGCCAAUUGAUCAGCUAAUGGAGCAUUACAACCUGAUAUUCAAGCAGACACUGAGAACAUCUGGUGGAAACCUUACUCCUCAACAUGUUGAAGAUGUAUCCUUAGCUGUUCUUUUCUUGAUGGAAGCCGCCAAACGGGUAGACACAGUACUUGGGGCAUCAAGACAGUCUACAUCACACACUGUUCGAGAUGCAAGUCAGGACAUACUGAAAAUAGCCAAAGAUCUGACCGACAGAAAAACAACAGAAGAAGUUCCCAGUCGAUCUUCUCCGGUACAUUCUGACAAUAGUGAAGUAGGCUGGAAAAAAUUGACCACAACAUCUUGGCUGAAAGACGUCUUGUCUAAGAAAGCACAUCUACAAGUGGAUGAAACGGAUAUAAGCACACAGAGAGAAGUUGCUAGUGACUAUGAACUUUCUGAUGUUAUAUGA